UUCACAGCGAGUUUUGAAAAUGGCGCCGCAGACGAGGAGGGCUCCCUCCUUCCCCAAAAUCGUGAUUGAGAGAGACUCCGACACCGAAGAUAGUUCAGAAGACGAAGAAGAAGAUUUUGAUGAUGAAGUCCAGAAACUCGUCGGAGAGGCGUCGGAUGAAGAGCAAGCAGAGGAAAAGGAUGAGGCGUCGACGUCGGCGAAGAGGAAAAGGGAGCCUAUCACUAUCAGCCUCAAGAGAGUUUGCAAAGUGUGUAAGCAGUCAGGUCACGAAGCAGGGUUUCGUGGCGCCACCUACAUUGACUGCCCUAUGAAGCCAUGUUUUCUUUGCAAACUGCCUGGGCAUACCACGAUGACUUGCCCGCACAAAGUGGCUACUGAGUUUGGGGUUUCGCCUGCACCCUUGAAGAAAUCUCAUAAUUCGUUGAAGUAUCUUUUCGACCGUCAACUUAGGUGUCAUGUGCCUAAGAUGAAGCCGGCAUUUGUGAUUCCGAAUAAAGUUAACUGUGCAGUAAUUAGAUAUCAUAGCAGACGUGUUACAUGUUUGGAGUUCCACCCAACAAAGAAUAACAUUCUUAUAUCUGGGGAUAAGAAAGGACAGCUUGGAGUUUGGGAUUAUGAGAAAGUGCACGAGAGGAUAGUAUAUGGAAACAUACAUAGCUGCAUAUUGAACAACAUGAAGUAUAAUCCAUUAAAUGAUGGAACCGUCUAUGGUGCCUCUUCAGAUGGAACUGUCAGCAGCACUGAUUUAGAAACUGGAAUUUCAUCAUCAUUGGUCAACCUCAAUCCUGCUGGGUGGCAGGGGCCUAGCAGUUGGAAGAUGCUCUAUGGUCUGGAUCUGAACUCUGAGAAAGGAAUUUUGCUUGCUGCAGAUAAUUUUGGGCUUCUCUAUAUGAUUGAUGCGCGCUCCAACAAUGUGACAGGAAAACCUAUACUGAUUCACAAGAAAAAAAGCAAAGUUACUGGUUUACACUGUCAUCCUCUCCAACCAGAUCUCCUUCUAAGUUGUGGCAACGAUCACUUCGCUCGUAUAUGGGACAUUAGACGACUUGAAGAUGGCUCUUCUAUUUAUAAUCUUCAACACAAGCGUGUUGUUAAUUCAGCCUAUUUUUCUCCACAAAGUGGUAGCAAAAUACUAACCACAUCUCAGGACAACCGGAUUCGUGUAUGGGAUUCCAUCUUUGGAGAUUUGGACUCUCCAAGCCGAGAGAUUGUGCACAGCCAGGAUUUCAAUCGGCAUUUGACUCCUUUUCGAGCUGAAUGGGAUCCAAAGGAUAUCUCAGAGUCCCUCAUUGUUGUUGGGCGUUACAUAAGUGAAAACUACAAUGGAGUAGCCUUACAUCCCAUAGAUUUUAUUGACAUCACAAAUGGUCAGUUAGUCGCGGAGGUCAUGGAUCCAAAUAUAAUGACAAUCACUCCUGUAAAUAAGCUACAUCCACGUGAUGAUGUCCUGGCAUCUGGUAGUUCCAGGUCUAUCUUCAUCUGGAAGCCCCAAGAAAACACUGAGCUAGAGCGCGAAGAGGUAGCUAAUCGGAUCAUUAUCUGCGGGAAGGCUGAAAAAUCGCGGAAAGGGAAGCUCGAUGAUGACAGUGGUGAUGAUGACAUGUUUGACUCCAAGAAGAACUCGAAGACAAAGAAAAUUCAUGUAAAAUCUAAGGUACAUGGUGGUAAGAGGAAAUGCUGAUUUUUGGGUAGGGAUUUUGAAGAUGUGGCAAUACAAACCUUUUCAACCUUCUACAUGCACUGCUCUUGUGCUUUUGAUAUUAUGUGUAAAAAAUAGGGUAGCAUAGUGACUAGAAGUGUUAAAUGGAUGGGGUGAGUGAGAAAUCGGGCAGGUCUGAGGUGAUAGAUCAAUGGUCCCAUCUCGCUUGAUAUUUUUGCGCGUGUUAAAACAAACAGAGUCCAAGCCUCACUAAAAUAUCGGUCGGGCCAUGUUAAGCUAUUGUAGCCACUAUAUUAUUUAGGUUUGUACUUGUAUGUUUUACUUUUUUCCUACUGUGGAAUGGUUGAAGUUGUAGGAAUUUGUUAGUUUAUGCUCUACUUUUAAUACAAUACUCGCAAAGUAGAGUAUUGAAAUGAAGUUGAAUGGUAUCUCAUUUUACGACA